AAGUCUGAACGCUGCCCUAAGUAAGCUUUGGACAGCCGACGAAGACGACGACUCGCAGUUUAUACGUGGGCGGAGAAGUAGAACACGUUUGCGGUGAGGAGUCAAAGAAUCUAUAUUAUAAUAAAAAGGAAUCGAAAGAGAUUCGUUCCACAUUUUAUUUAUACAAAGAGAAUCAACUGUAAAGUCAACUACUCAACUCUCUGCGGAGUAUUUGGAGAUGGGCUGGGAUCGGGGAGAAGAUGAAACCAUGACGCUCCCAUCUCAUAUUCAGAAUCAGAACAACGGCUCUCUCGAUUCCGGCCAUGCCCGUCUAAACGAGCUCGGUUACAAGCAAGAACUCAAGCGAGAUCUCUCGGUUUUGUCUAAUUUCGCAUUUUCAUUCUCAAUCAUAUCUGUAUUGACUGGUAUAACCACUUUGUACAAUACGGGUCUUAAUUAUGGAGGCCCGGUUGUUUUGGUUUAUGGCUGGCUUAUUGCCGGUACCUUCACCAUGUUUGUUGGAUUAUCCAUGGCUGAAAUCUGUUCUUCCUACCCAACUUCUGGUGGGCUCUAUUACUGGAGUGCCAAACUUGCUGGCCACUAUUGGGCACCUUUCGCCUCGUGGAUCACUGGCUGGUUCAAUAUUGUUGGUCAAUGGGCUGUGACUACCAGUGUAGAUUUCUCACUUGCACAGCUGAUUCAAGUCAUUAUCCUCUUGAGUACAGGAGGAAGAAAUGGAGGCGGUUAUGUGGGUUCAAAAUAUGUUGUUAUUGGCAUCCAUGGUGUAAUUUUGCUUCUUCAUGCCAUAAUAAACAGUCUUCCAAUCACUCUGUUAUCCAUGUUCGGACAGCUCGCGGCUGCAUGGAAUCUCCUCGGUGUAUUCGUUCUUAUGAUUCUCGUCCCAGCUGUUGCGAAAGAGAAGGCAAGUGCGAAAUUUGUUUUCACUCACUUUAAUGCUGACAAUGGCGAUGGGAUCACUAGCAAACCCUACAUAUUUCUUCUUGGACUUCUGAUGAGCCAGUAUACUCUAACUGGUUAUGAUGCCUCUGCUCAUAUGUCUGAGGAAACGAAAAAUGCAGAUGAGAAUGGACCAAAAGGGAUUAUUACUUCCAUCGGAGUAUCUAUCAUUGUUGGAUGGGGUUACCUACUCGGUAUCACGUUUGCAGUUACCGACAUCCCUUACUUGUUGAGCUCGGAAAACGAUGCCGGCGGUUAUGCAAUUGCCGAGGUAUUUUAUCUUAGUUUUAAAGACAGAUACGGUACUGGUGUGGGAGGCAUCAUUUGCUUGGGGAUAGUUGCAGUUGCUAUAUUCUUUUGCGGUAUGAGCUCUAUGACAAGCAACUCGAGGAUGGCUUACGCUUUCUCAAGAGACGGAGCCAUGCCUUUGUCACCUGUUUGGCAUAAGGUGAACGGCCAAGAGGUUCCUAUAAAUGCAGUAUGGCUCUCUGCUUUAAUCGCAUUUUGCAUGGCCUUGACGUCCCUUGGAAGCUUGGUGGCAUUCCAAGCAAUGGUAUCAAUAGCGACAAUCGGACUCUACAUCGCAUACGCAAUGCCAAUUUUCUUUCGGGUAACUCUAGCUCGAAAGUCUUUUGUUCCGGGGCCUUUCAACUUGGGAAGAUACGGUGUCUUUAUCGGAUGGGUAGCGGUUGUUUGGGUGGCGACAAUUUCGAUUCUUUUCUCUUUGCCAGUGGCGUACCCAAUUACAGAGGAGACGUUAAACUAUACUCCGGUUGCAGUUGGAGGUUUACUUAUAAUAGUAGUUUCAUAUUGGAUCAUUAGUGCCCGCCACUGGUUUAAAGGGCCCAUAACAAAUAUAUAGAAUCAUGUAUUUGUUCAUUCUAUUCUAUCUAAGAUUGUUUAAUAAAACUUACAUUAACUUCAGUUUA